GAGGAAUCUGCUUUCAAUUGCUGUGACAGAGUGAAAAUCCGAAUGCCUGAACUUAAUUCUUUCACUGAAAAACUUCUUGUAGUGGCCAUGACUGUGCCGUUCAUUGUAUUUGUGGCAGGACUAGUGCUUCAAGUCUGCACUGAAACACCACAGUCGUUGAUUCCAUUAAAUGCUCUGUCUGAAUGUUGUGCAGAUCUCUCCGAUGAUUCUGGCCUUUGUCCACAAAGCAGCUCAUGUUAUUCAGGCUGUUACAGACACUGGUUUAAGAAUGGAAGUACCACGUGCAUCAGGUGCAUUAAUGAAACAUUAAUUGAUUCCUUGAAUAAUAGGACUGAAUGCAUCGUCUCACCCUCUGGCAGUGAAGAGAAGGUGGAAAAUGGCACCACAGUGGGCCCAACCAUCCUUAAAAUUGGAGGGCCAGGGAUAGCUGUCUCAUUAUGCCUUGGAACACUAUUUAUCAGUUCAUUCUUCAUCCUUUCUGUGGCUGCAUUUUUUUACCUCAAGCGAUCCAACAAACUCCCACAUUUGUUUUACCAGCAAAACAAAGCUUCUAUACUGCAGCCAAAUGAAAUGGCAGAAAUUAUGAGGAGCCCCAUUAGAUCAGUGCGAAAACAAAGAUAUUCGAGAAGAGAAAGACUCUCUGCUUCUACAGCUUCAUUUGCCUCGGCUGCCAUAAGCAAUGUUUGAUCCUGCAUUGUCCACCAUGAGAUGGGCACCCUGUAACAUAUCCAUCCAUGGAAUGAUGUGACAUUAAACAAUGACAAGGUGACUCCUGUUUUUAAAAGCAGACUUAAAGCUCCUUUCACAGAAUUUUGAGUUCUUUCUUUUAAUUUUUAGGUUUCAGAUUAAAGACUCUUCCCAUAUACAUAAAUUGUGGGUAGGAUUGAUUCUCUGUAAUACAAUCAAAUGCUGCUUACAAUAUUUUGAGCUGCAUUGUAGCAAAUAAGGUAAACAUAAUUUUGCCAUCAUUACUUUGCAGAGCUAGAAGCAAUUUCCCCCCACCAGCCUACAUUUCUUUCACGUUUUGAACUGAGAAGAUGUAGAAAUUCAAAGGCCCCAAGUGUUCAUUCUCCAGAAGUGACCUUUUUUAUUUCAUUUGCCCAGCUCCGUUGACUGCAUUUUGGCCACUGAGGUUGGACUGUUUAGGAGGUCCUUAGUCAACUUAGCGAUUGAUGUUAGUUUGUUGAUCUGGAUGUGGACCCUUGGGAUGCUGUGGGUGGUAGUCGCUGGUCUCCAUGGGGCAAUAGCCAAUAGAAAUCUAAUCUUCUCUAUCUGCUCACUUUCAUUUGACUGUCAACAAUUUUUAAAGUGUAACUUCUCAGAAUAAAUUUUUCUUAGUGCACGGAUUCUAUUCUGCAUCAACUAAUUUAUCCCAGACAAGGCAGUUCUUUAACUUUCAUUUAUUAUGAAAGGACUGUAGCAUUGAUGCAUUUGUUUUGUUGUAAAUGUGAGUUGGUAUAUUGGAAGAAAGAUGAU